AUGCAACAGCUGCUUGGUGAGUGCAAGUUGGAGAAAUCCAUCUUCAAACAACUGUUUCUCCAACGCCUGCCUGGCAACGUACAACUAGUGUUGGCCUCCACCGCCGAUGAUGUCAACAUUGAGCAGUUGGCUAAACUGGCCGACAAAAUUGUGGAAGUCACACCUCUUCCCAGCCAUGUUGCCAUGGUAACAACUGAAGAGAGUUCCCCUUCACAGGCUAGGCAAUUUCAAAAGCUGACUGAACAAAUCACCCUGCUCCAAGCACAAGUUUCUGCCUUGUCCAGUCAACCUCAGCAUCGUAGCUGCAGCCAGUCCCGUGAUCGCCAUCGACACACCCGCAGUCCAUCUCCCGAUACUCUCUGCUGGUAUCAUCGCAAGUUUGGUGGUAAUGCUCAUAAGUGCACCAAACCCUGCUCUUUCACUACACCUGCCUCCUCGUCUUCGGGAAACGGCCCAGCCAGCAACUAG